AUGCAUAGACCGCAAAAGAAAUGCAAUUUUUCUGCUGAUGAUACGUGUGGUGCUGAGCACUACUAUUUUCCUUUACGUGUGGUGCUUGAGCCCGCGAGCACCGCUAUUCUCGCCGCCCGUGUUGUGGAGCAUAUAAGUAGUCGACGAUUGGUAGAUUUUAUUCCAAAUUCCAAAGCUCGAGCCAAUGCAUCAACCAGGUGGCUUGAACGAGCCAGUGUUAAAGCCUGUCUUGUUUCGUUGUCUCGAAGUUACAACGCUUCUCGAAGCGAUUACUUAACUAUUAAACUAACUAAACACUUAACUUCUAAUUAUUUGUAUAUCACUACUGUUCAAGAGUCUAUUUAUUUGCACGUAGAAACGUUACAAGAAAAAAUAAUAUCACUACAAUUAACAAAACCAGAGGAAUUAUCUAUAGAUUUGGCAAUGACCAGUAAAGAAAAAUAUGAACAUUUAAAGGAAGAAGACAUUGUUGAACCUCCCAGUCCAACCACAGAAGAGGAAAAAAUGUUAGACGUAAACAAGAAGAAAAGAAGGAAGCGUUCUAAAAAAGGAAAACAUUAAUCAUGCUUUUAAGAAUAUUUUAGAAAAGAAGUUUCUUUAGGGUGGUGGGAUAUGUUUAUUUUAGUUUAUUAAUUGUAUUUUAAAUUAUAUUUAAUUUUUAAGUAGGAUUCAAAUCUGAAAUUGUUAAUGUGUCAUUAUAAUGACACAACAUAAACAAUUUAUAGAUUGGUUUAAAUUUUGUUAAUCCUUGUUUACAUAAAUUACACCCAAAUUGUUAGGUACCAAUGAUUCUUGGUAUUCUUUGAGAAUUUUUUUUUAAAUUUUAUUAAGAAUAGAAAACCUUAGUUGCACUUCUUCAAGACACCCUAAUUUAUUUAAGUAAAUGGAAAAAAUACUACAUUCUUAAAAAAAUUUAAUAAAAACAUUUAUGAAUAAAAAUUAAAGAUUUUAUUUUUAUUUAUUUAUCAAAUAAUAUAUUAUACUUUAACAAAACAGUUUUAUAACUGUAAUUACCGUCAAAACCAUGAAAGUUUUAUAAGUUAUCGUCUCAAUAUAAUUUUUAAAUUGAAAAA